AUGCGCCGCAUGGAUAUUCCCCACGACAGCUUCUCCUUAACCUUCACCCUCAAAGCCUGCAGUUGCCACCAGAGCCUCCCUCACGGCGAGCAGAUCCACACCCAAGUCGUGAAAACCUCUUACUCGGCGCAGGCUCACGUGCAUUCAGCGCUCAUGCAUAUGUACGUUGAAUGCAGGCGACCCCAGUCAGCACGGAAACUGUUUGAUGAAAUUCCCGUCAAGAGCCCGGCCGCUUGGUGUGUCAUGAUCACCUUGUACGCCGAGAUGGGAGAAUUGGAUUCCUGUCGCGGGCUGUUCGAAGAAAUGCCGCAUAGGGAUGUCGCAUCAUGGAAUGCCAUGAUUGACGCCUGUGGCCGGUGUGGCCAGUCAGGUGAGGCAUUGAGGCUCUUCCGCGAAAUGAGGGCCACGGGGUUGCGCCCGAAUCAUAUCACAAUAUUGGGUGUCAUUUCUGCCUGUGGGGAGAUGGGAGAUCUUGAGUUUGGAAGGUGGAUUCAUGCCAAUUACAUUGAUAAUAAUGCAUUUAAGUGUAAUAGUUUAAGGGUUAGUACCACACUUAUAGACAUGUAUUCAAAAUGCGGGCAUGUGAAUUUAGCGAUGGACGUUUUCCGCAGUAUCAAUGCUAAGGACGUGUUAUCAUGGACGGCGAUUAUCUGCUGUAUGGCAAUUAACGGCCGAGGAGACACAGCAUUGGCAUUGUUCAAUGAAAUGGUGAAGGCUGGAGUAAGGCCCGACGAAGCAACGUUUAUUGUGGUAUUGUGUGCAUGUAGCCACAUGGGCUUAGUUGAAGAAGGGCAUCGAUACUUUGAGAGCAUGACGAAGGAUUAUGGCCUGGUGCCAAGAAUUGAGCAUUAUGGGUGCAUGGUAGAUAUCAUGGGGCGGGCCGGGCAUAUAGAGCAAGUGCGGAAGUUCAUCGAAAACAUGCCUAUGGAGCCUAAUGUGGUGGUGUUGAGGAGCUUGCUUGGUGCAUGUAGAGUUCAUAGUGCAAUGCAGACGGCAGAAUGGGCAGCGAAGAGGCUUGAGGCAGUCAGGCGGGCCGGGGAUGAUGAUUCUUAUGUGAUGUUAUCAAAUGUGUAUGCUGAGGAUGGGAGGUGGAGUGAGGUAGAGAGAGUGAGAAGGUUGAUGAAGGAGAUGGGGAGAAGCAAGAGAUGGGGUUGCAGUUCUCUGCAUGUGUAG